CCAAACGCACCACAGUCUCCUGGCUGAUAGCUAGCUGGCUAGCCGCUCAGUACUGGAAGAAGCCGAGUUGGAGUUUCUCUCUACCGCCGCCAUGGACCUGACUAACGUGUUGUCGCAGCUCGAAAGUGCCGACGGGCAGGACAUCGAGACGCUUCUCCGGGAGUACAACAGAGAGAACAGCCGCACCUUCACUUUUGACCCAAAGGAAGAAUCACUGCGCAGUAAGCUGUGUCAGAGCGUCCUGGUCGUCCUCGGCAUGAAGGUGCAGCCCAGCUGUCAGAAGACAUGCCUGGAAACACUCCGCAUCCUCUCCAGGGACAAGUGUGUCCUGGCACCGAUAGCCACCCGGGACGGCGUGCUGACUCUGGCCAGGAUGGCUCGACUGAACGCCGGAGGGAUGGCGGGCGACGAGCCGGGGCGGCCGGAGGAAAGCACUCAAUCGGAAGAGGAGGAGCGCGUGGUGGUGGAAGCCUUGAAGUGCCUGUCCAAUGUGGUGUUCAACAGUCCCGCCGCUCAGCAGGUGAGCGUGGACGUCAAGCUGGCCCACGGCCUGUGCGCCAACCUGCGCGCCUCCUCCGCCUGGCACCACGAGGUGGGCCUGUUCACCCUGCGCAUCCUCUUCCUGCUGUCGGCCCUGAGGGCGGACCUGAGCGAGCAGCUGCGGAAAGAGGGGCAGGCGGUGAAGCUGCUCACGGGGUUGCUGGAGCGCACCUUGGAUGUGAGCUGGGACGGCCCCUACGAGGUGGCCCGUCCGGAUCCUCAGGCUAUGCCCUUGCCCGCAGAGGACAAUGAGCGAGUCAUGGAGGCGCUCAAAGCCCUCUUCAACCUGACUGUGUCGUCUGGUGGGAAGGAGGAUGAGCACCAGUACAGACUCAUCACCGCCAUCCUGCGCCACCUGUUGAUGCUAAAGACUGAGAAAGAGGAGAAAACAGAGGAAGUACACAGCCACACCAUCAACGUGCUGAGCAACCUGCCCGUGCCCUGCAUGGACGUACUCAUCGACCUGCCCGUGCAAGGAGGAGUAGAGGCGUACGGCGGCAAAAACAUGGACGCCAUACAAGUGGUACUGGACUUCAUGGAGAAACGGAUAGACAAGGGCUCCAACUACAUAGAGGGGCUCACUCCGGUGCUCAGCCUGCUAACUGAAGCAUCCAGACGCCACCGAGAGAUCCGCAGAUAUGUCAAAGCUCAGGUGCUUCCUCCACUCAAAGAUGUCAAGACCAGGCCUGAGGUGGGCACCACCACCAGGAACAAGCUGGUCCGCCUCAUGACUCACGUGGAGAUGCCAGUCAAGUUGGCGGCUGCAGAGUUUCUCUUUGUUUUGUGUAAAGAGAGUGUGGACAAACUGUGUAAGUACACGGGUUACGGACAUGCAGCCGGAAUCCUUCUAAAUAAAGGGCUGCUCGGAGGAGGAAGAGGAGAGACGGAGUACUCGGAUGAUGAUGAAGACACCGACACAGAAGAGUACAAAACUGCCAAACCUUUCAUCAACCCCAUCACUGGUCACGUGGAGGAGCCCAUGCCCAACCCCAUGGAGGAGAUGACCGAGGAGCAGAAGGAGUACGAAGCCGAGAAGCUUGCCACAUUGCUGAACAAGUUGUCAGGGCAGCGCUUGAUCCGUCCCAUGGGCGUCAAGCAAGACGGCACGUUAGCGCCCCUCGAAGAAACCCUCCUAGUCCCGCAUGAAGAGGACUCCCCCGGUUCGGACUCUGACUAGUAAGAGCACUUUGCUUCAUGGCCACAUUUUGAGGGGAGGGGAGAAAACACCCCCAAAGCUUUGUCACACUUCAAGUGCUGGAUCUUUCAGACAAGGUGGGUUUUUUUUUUUUUAAUUAGAUGACGCAGUCGAGCCAAGUUUCCAAAUGUUGCUCCUGCAUCAGCGGACACUCACUCGGUUUUAAGACUCAAACGGCAGUCUCAACUUUACCGUAUUUUUCGGAUUAUAAGUCGCACCGGCCGAAAAUGCAUAAUAAAGAAGGAAAAAAACAUAUAUAAGUCGUACUAGAGCAGGGGUCACCAACCUUUUUGAAAGCAAGAGCUACUUCUUGGGUACUGAUUAAUGUGAAGGGCUACCAGUUUGAUACACACUUAAAUAAAUUGCCAGAAAUAGCCAAUUUGCUCAAUUUACCUUUAACUCUAUGUUAUUAUUAAUAAUUAAUGAUAUUUACACUUAAUUGAACGGUUUAAAAGAGGAGAAGACACAUAGUUUAUCUUCAAUUUCGACUCUUUAAAAUUCAAAAUUCAACCGAAAAAAGAAGAAAAAAACUAGCUAAUUCGAAUCUUUUUGAAAAAAUUAAAAAAAAAAUUUAUGGAACAUCAUUAGUAAUUUUUCCUGAUUAAGAUUAAUUUUAGAAUUUUGAUGACAUGUUUUAAAUUGGUUAAAAUCCAAUCUACACUUUGUUAGAAUAUAUAACAAAUUGAACCAAGCUAUAUUUCUAACAGACAAAUCAUUAUUUCUUCUAGAUUUUCCAGAACAAAUUUUUUAAAAGAAAUUCAAAAGACUUUGAAAUAAGAUUUAAAUUUGAUUCUACAGAUUUUCUGGAUUUGCCAGAAUAAUUUUUUUGAAUUUUAAUCAUAAUAAGUUUGAAGAAAUAUUUCACAAAUAUUCUUCGUCGAAAAAACAGAAGCUAAAAUGAAGAAUUAAAUUAAAAUGUAUUUAUUAUUCUUUACAAUAAAAAUUUUUUUUUUACUUGAACAUUGAUUUAAAUUGUCAGGAAAGAAGAGGAAGGAAUUUAAAAGGUAAAAAGGUAUAUGUGUUUAAAAAUCCUAAAAUCAUUUUUAAGGUUGUAUUUUAUCUCUAAAAUUGUCUUUCUGAAAGUUAUAAGAAGCAAAGUAAAAAAAUUAAUGAAUUUAUUUAAACAAAAGAAGACCAAGUCUUUAAAAUAUUUUCUUGGAUUUUCAAAUUCUAUUUGAGUUUUGUCUCUCUUAGAAUUAAAAAUGUCGGGCAAAGCGAGACCAGCUUGUUAGUAAAUAAAUACAAUUUAAAAAAUAGAGGCAGCUCACUGGGAAGUGCUGCUAUUUGAGCUAUUUUUAGAACAGGCCAGCGGGCUACUCAUCUGGUCCUUACGGGCUACCUGGUGCCCGCGGGCACCGCGUUGGUGACCCCUGUAUUAGAGUAUAAGUCGCCAGUCCCUUACAAGUUUCUCGCGUACUCCAAACUUUCUUUCUGCCGCUCGAUUGCCGUUUUCUGCUGCAUAUUUCACUACUUCCAGCUUGUAACCUGCAGUAUACGAUUUCCUUUUCGCUGCCAUUUUUGUUCAGCCCUUCUCAGUUUCUAUAAGUUACCGCCAAUGUUGAAAUGAUCAAUUUUCAUUGGUACGGAAGUGGUAGCAUCUUUUUUUUUUCACAAUGCACUUCUGUCGUGACCCGCCCCCGCCAAAUUUUUAUUGGUUGACGUGUGUGUGACGAUUGCUGAUAUACGCCUAGUCUCUUACGUGAAUGAGAUAAAUAAUAUUUGAUAUUUUACGGUAAUGUGUUAAUAAUUUCACACAUAAGUCGCUCCAGAGUAUAAAUCUAUGAAAAAAACUGCGAUUUAUAAUACGAAAAAUACGGUACUAGCCUUAACAUUUUUUUUUUGUUUCAAAAUAUCCCACUUUUUUCCACAAAACGGAGCAACGUCCGGAAUAUCGCGACUCAAUCGGAAUGUUCUGUGCGCGCCUGUAAGGCUGUCCGCCAUCACUGAGGGCACAGGGUCGCACAUACUUUAAUUUAACGACAUCGUUUCUGUAGAUUGCUAUGAUUAGUCCUGAAAUUGAGGAUUUUCCUAAGGAAUAAUAAUAAUAAUAGAUUUUAUUUGUAAAAAGCACUUUACAUUGAGUAAACAACCUCAAAGUGCUACAGUGUAUUAAAAAAAAAAAAAAGAUAAUAAAAAAAAAAAAACUAAAACAGCCAAAUAGCUAAAACUAGUAUGCAUAUAUCUAAAAAAAGGCUUUUUUAAAAAGAAGGGAUUUUACCGUAUUUUUCGGAGUAUAAGUCGCACCGGCCGAAAAUGCAUAAUAAAGAAGGAAAAAAACAUAUAUAAGUCGCACUGGAGUAUAAGUCGCAUUUUUUGAGGAAAUUUAUUUGAUAAAAGCCAACACCAAGAAUAGACAUUUGAAAGGCAAUUUAAAAUAAAUAAAGAAUAGUGAACAACAGGCUGAAUAAGUGUACGUUAUAUGAGGCAUAAAUAACCAACUGAGAACGUGCCUGGUAUGUUAACGUAACAUAUUAUGGUAAGAGUCAUUCAAAUAACUAUAACAUAUAGAACAUGCUAUACGUUUACCAAACAAUCUGUCACUCCUAAUCGCUAAAUCCCAUGAAAUCUUAUACGUCUAGUCUCUUACGUGAAUGAGAUAAAUAAUAUUAUUUGGUAUUUUACGCUAAUGUGUUAAUAAUUUCACACAUAAGUCGCUCCUGAGUAUAAGUCGCACCCCCGGCCAAACUAUGAAAAAAACUCAAGACUUAUAGUCCGAAAAAUACGGUACUUAAAUUUAUCCCACAAUAGGGAAACGACAUCGUUUCUGCAGAUUUCUAUGAUUAGUCCGGAAAUUGAGGAUUUUUCAAAGGAAUAAUAAUAAUAAUAGAUUUUAUUUGUAAAAAGCACUUCACGUUGAGUAAACAACCUCAAAGUGCUACAGUGUAUAAAAAACAAAAAAAGAUAAUAAAAAAAAUAAAAAAUAAAA